AGGAGCGUUCGUAGUAUUUUGUUGAUUUCCAUUUCCCUGUCGUGGCAGGCGAAGAACACGGCCGGAGAGCAUUUUUAUUUUUCCCAGAGAUAUAGAAUAAAGCCGCAUGGUGUGCGACUCGCCUAAAACGCCAUCGCGAAGCAUUAAUUUGACUGCAAGUCGCGGCCGGCGGAGGAUUUUCGCUCGAAUAUACCUUACUGUGCAGUGUACGUAACUAUUGCGCUUAGCGUGGAUACGGCCGCUGCCUGGACUUUUUGCCCUUCUUUCUGUUUUUUUUUUUUUAUCGCCUUUAAUUGCGAUAAAAAAGCAGCAGAUCGCGGCGAUCGCGGACGCAGGGACCGCACGGUGAGUGCCGCUGCAAAGUGCCUCUCCAUUCUCUCUGAAUCCCUGAGCACUAGAAGUCAGAGUCAAAGCAUCCGUCUGAUGUCACCGGGAAGGGUUGCCGCGGAGACCUUGGCCGCUGCGUGAUGGCCGACUGACUCGGCGCAACCUGCGAAUGCCAAGUACGCAUCCGAGGGUGGGGCCUGCCUCAGUCUCGAACGAUUGGCUGCUGGAUGGAAUUGAGGUGAAUGGAACACAUGCCCAAGGAGCAGGACCCUAACUUAUCAGAGGGGGAAGAAAAACGGUGGCUCGAUGGCCCAAAAAGGAAGAGGAAAAACAGCCAGUGUUCGGUGAAGGGCAUGUCUGGGUACAUCCCCAGUUACCUGGAGAAGGAUGAGCCAUGCGUGGUAUGUGGGGACAAGGCCACUGGGUACCACUACCGCUGCAUCACCUGCGAGGGCUGCAAGGGCUUCUUCCGCCGCACCAUCCAGAAGAACCUGCACCCCUCUUACUCCUGCAAGUAUGACGGCUGCUGCAUCAUCGAUAAGAUCACGCGGAACCAGUGCCAGCUGUGCCGCUUCAAGAAGUGCAUCGGAGUGGGCAUGGCCAUGGACCUGGUGCUGGAUGACUCCAAGAGAGUGGCUAAGCGGCGGCUCAUCGAGGAGAACAGGGAGCGCCGGAGGAAGGAGGAGAUGGUGAAGAACCUGCAGAACCGACCUGAGCCCUCCAGCACCGAGUGGGAACUGAUCCGCUUGGUAACAGAGGCCCAUCGCCACACCAACGCCCAGGGUUCCCACUGGAAACAGAAACGCAAGUUCCUGCCGGAAGAUAUCGGCCAGUCCCCCGUGGCCCCCACGUCCGACGGGGAUAAGGUGGACCUGGAGGCCUUCAGCGAGUUCACCAAGAUCAUCACCCCCGCCAUCACCCGCGUUGUCGAUUUUGCCAAAAAGCUGCCCAUGUUCUCUGAGCUGCCUUGUGAAGACCAGAUCAUCCUGCUCAAAGGCUGCUGCAUGGAGAUCAUGUCCCUGCGGGCGGCUGUACGCUACGACCCCGAGAGCGAGACGCUGACCCUCAGUGGCGAGAUGGCGGUCAAGCGCGAGCAGCUGAAGAACGGCGGCCUGGGCGUGGUGUCUGAUGCCAUCUUUGACCUGGGCAAGAGCCUGGCGCAGUUCAACCUGGACGACACGGAGGUGGCUCUGCUGCAGGCUGUACUGCUCAUGAGUUCCGAUCGCUCUGGCCUCACCUGCACAGAGAAGAUCGAGAAAUGCCAGGAGACGUACCUGCUGGCUUUCGAACACUACAUCAACUACCGCAAGCACAACAUUCCUCACUUCUGGCCCAAGCUGCUGAUGAAGGUGACGGACCUGCGCAUGAUUGGGGCCUGUCACGCCAGCCGCUUCCUGCACAUGAAGGUGGAGUGCCCCACCGAGCUCUUCCCCCCACUCUUCCUGGAGGUCUUUGAGGACCAGGAGGUCUGAACCAGGGAAGCUGGGGGCGGGACGUGGGUGGCAGAGGGGGUGGAGUCCGAGGGGAUCGGGGAGAACUCACCCCUUGAACAUCAGAUGUCAAAACACACCAGCAGCAGUGCUCAUCGGGAUAAAAACGGCCUCUUAUUAUUCGAUUCAGUCAGGCUGCCCUUCUGUCUUAAAGUUUCACCUCAGUCCAAGCCAGCCAACCCCACUCAGACACACACACACACACACACACACAUACCCACUAUGGCCUCAAUUCUCAAUUCAGCAUGCUCAUCCCAUUCAUAUGUAUUUCAUUGUAACCAGCUGUAGAUCACUGCAGCUUUGAAGUCGUUUCUCCAUUACAACGCCCCUGUCAUUUCCCAGAAGCGUAGUGCUCCGGUUUCAAAGCUGAACAUUAAUAACAUCCCGGGAAGUGUAUUGGGUCCUAUAGAUACGUACACCCUACAGAUGUGAAGACACGACAUAGCCCCGUCGGCGGGCCCCCCAGCGUGGCGGUACAGCGGAGCUCUCAGCACUUACGCCCCCUCAUGGAGACCAAGUGCGUUGACACACCUGCUAAUGUCAUCCCGCUAUUUUUUAAUUAACAUGACACUCGACUGGGGAUGCAGGGUUUUUUAAAGACAGGUCUAGAGUGGAGUUUACAGAAAGCCAAUCCCGCGAGCCGUUCCUCAGGUUUGGUGGUUUGGGUCCCGAACCUGUACGCUCUCAGUCUCACGGCGAGGACACCUGACAAGUGACCGUGUGCGUGGCAAAUGAGACAAACUCGCUCAGAAUGUUUGUCUUCACCCGCCGCUUUCGCUUACUCGCCCGCGCUCAUUGGCAUCACACCCAUCGGCAGUGGCGAGGGUGGCGGCUCCAGAAUGCCAGUGAGCGGGAUUUUGCUGCGAGAGAACCAGACGGGGGGGGGCACAGGUCCCCUUCGAGGGGGCUGCUCCGGCAUCGUCCUCUGGUCUCAAAGGGAAGGCUGUGCACACCCAGCAGUCUCUCUGCUCCCGACCUGCGUGAGUCCAUGUUAUCUUUAGCUUAGACACGCCCCCUUCUGAAAAUUGGGCGGGGAAUACCGUGAUGGCUGUCGUUUACCUCGGUGUGGGCGCCUCAGGCUGUGGUUCGAGGACUGCCGCUUUACUGACAGACUCUACCUCACCUCUGGUCACAGGGCAGCUGCCCACAGCCCUCAUCCCACACACACACACACACACACACACACACACACACCUAAACACAUACACACUCAUACAUAUUCAGUGCUGAGACCUUCAAACCUUUCAGACAUAAUACCACUGAAGGCAGAGGGGCCUCCUCACUCGAUUUGUCUUUUGUGGAUGUUCUUUCUUUACCAGACUAUUUGGGGGGAGGGGCGGGUAUUGAUUAAGGUUGAUUUUUGUAAAAAAACUAAGAAAGUAAAAAAACAAAAAAAGUAAAAAUGAAUAUGGGAUUGAGUGUCACUUUGGUGAUGAGCAAUUAAAAGGAUGUGGUUUUGAACCUGAGAACCAGCACCAGAUGGGCUUCGAGCACUGUUUUUGAGGAGAAAACGUAAAAGACAGCCUCACUUUGAAUGCUAUGCAGUCGGCGGUAAGAUGGUUGGGGGGGUCCCCAUCCAAUGGCUGGAGAGGAUCAGAGGCGGGCCUCACUCAGAGCCCCACCCGCUCACUCGUUGGUGGCCGCGGGGCCCCCACAUGAAGAUGCCCUCGCUCCCUGGCUCUGCUCUCCCACCCUGGAUGCUCCGGCCCCCGUUUCUCCGUGAGGCAUGGAGCAGAGAUGCCAGCUCCUAGCUCGCCCAGCACGCAGCCAGCCAUCGGUGCCACCUGCCCUCACCGGGCUGCGACUGCACCUGGGUGGCGGAGCCCGCCUGUCAGUAUUAAGCAUACAGGAAACGGCCGCUGCCACCACACCUUGCAGUUCUCACUUUCACCACGAGCGCGGUUAGCACUAACGCUAACGGGGAUCCCAGCUCUGGUGGCGGCAGUGACGGCAACUCGUCCCCAAGCUGGUGUGUGGCAGCCCACCUUUCCCCACACACUACUCCGCCCUCCUCGUUAGACGAGACCGGUUGGCCGCGCCCUUAUAUGGAGAGGUGUCACCCAAUGAAUGUAGACAAGACAUGGAAGCCUAGGUCUGAAAGAGAGAGAGAGAGAGUGACUUUCCGGAAGACGGGGAGGGGCACGUCGGGGAGGAAACUGCGUUUACUAAUAACACGAGGUUGGACUAGGGCAGCUGGAGGGGGUUAAAAACCCUGCAGGCCGUCCCAGCAUAUCAAGUGCAGGCACUCGAUUGGCAUGCCCCCCCCGCCUCGCCCAACCCCCACCCCUCGACCCCCCCUGGCCGCACUUGCCUGGAUCUCCCCACCGUCGGCACCUCCCUCGCCUUCCUCCGGAGAGAAAAUGACAUUUCACCUGACUGUCGAUAGAGCAAGAAUCGAGAUGGCAUUCCAUUGAUGCGGGUACGGAACUUCUUAACGGGAGAUUUAAAAACCAGAAAUGUAAGAGUUUUAAAAAGAAAAAAAAAAACAACAAAAAAAAAACAAAAAGAUCUUACAGUGGUGUUAUUGUGAGCUGAUUGGGUGCGUAUGUGACACUAGGGGCUACAAUGCUGCUUUACCUUAUGAGUCUAAUUUUAUUUUAUUUGAGAAAAAAAGAAAUAUUAUAAUGAAAAAAUUAAAAACCCAAAAACAAAAAUGAAAAGAUGACUUUAAAGACUCCAGAACAAAGUUGAGAACUUGGAGAUUGAGCUGUUUUAAUUUUAUUGUUUUUUUUUGUUGUUGUUUGUUUUAUAAGUUUCAGUUUAUUUCAGUGUUUUUUUUUUUGUUGAUGCUUAACUGCUCUGUGUACAAAAACAAGACGAAAAAAAAAUGGCCGUAGUCACCUUUUGACCAUGCGUGCAGUGUAACCUAGACAAGAAAACUCAUCUCUUCUUCACCUCACCCCUAGUUUGUGUUAAUAAGACGACUGAUAUUUCGUCUGUGUCUGUCCUAUUGUCCGUCUCUUAUAUGAGGAGGAAUUUACAAGAAGCGUAAACAGAAAUAUUUUCUCUUUUCAUUUUGUUUCCUUUUUUUAAAAAAAGACUAUAAAAACACAAACAAGAAAAAAUAAUGCAACAGUAACUGAAAAUACAAAAAAAUAAAUAAACCUGACUGAGACACAAUCUACUCAUACCUCACACAACACAAAACUCAAAUGGACUUGGGAAAGAGUUGUGAUACGCAUGCACGCAUGACGCCUGUGUCUGCAUGCACGUACGUAAAGGUUCCUCCAGCGUACGUGGGCGUACGGCACAUGCGUUUCCAGCCACUACAAAAAUAACUGUCCACAAGCUGGGUGCCUUUUUGGAGCAGCAAUAACAUAUCUGUUACUCAUAGCAACAGUGGCCUCUCCCAUCUGGGAUACUUGUGUUUAACAUUUAUGAACAGUAUUAAAGGCAGUGGAUUCACUUCAGCGUCUUCAACAUGAAUCUCACCCUCUGUACCUUGAUACAUCCCUCGGCCCUCCAAUGAAGAGAGCGCAGGCUUCCCACAGCCUUCCAAUGAAACAAAAGCAGGCUUGCUUCAGCCCUCCAAUAAAACAAGAGCAAACCUCCCAAAGCCAUCCAAUGAAAUGAAAGCAGGCUUGCUUCCUCCCUCAAAUGAAACAAGAGCAAGCUUCCCACAGCCCUCCAAUGAAAUGAGAGCGGGCUUCCCACAGCUUAGGCUGGUUAUUUUUGUAAAGGCUGUGUGCUUUGUGGUGUUGAAUGUAGCUGAUGGUACCGGGCUAAAUCUGAGCCCGGCACUCAGAACCUCACUUCGGGUCACCAGCAGAGUGCAGUGGACAGUGCUGUCAAACUGACAUUACAUGCAACAAACUGAGAAUAUUGCCCAACUGCAAGGUGCAAUACUUUUGUUUUUCUGUUUUUAUUCUUUUGUGCUUUUAUUAUUAAUUGUUUUAUUUUCUUUUUGUUUUGGCCAUAACCAAGGAUGUAUAGAAAAAACUAUUAAAAACAUAACAGCUAGGAACAUACAUGGAUACAUUUAUACAUUCUGGUUCUGGUUCAUUGACUCUCUACAUAUUUAAAAUCAGCCAUGUUUACACACAUACACACAUGUACAUACGACCAUAUUUGAAAGCGUUCCAACAGGUUAACAAUCACCUGACUCCUUCUGGUAAUUUCAUUUUUUUCCUGAAGCCUGCACCCCCUCCCUGAAUAACAUGCCACAUACAUGCACACACGCACACACAUGUUGUUCACUAAUAGUGCGGUGUCCCGAUUCGGGACUAAUGGAUGGCAUAUAGUGAUAUGUGAGUGGUUCUACUUGCAGGUUUCUUUGUUAGUGUGUGAGGCGGAGUGGGAGUCGGAAGGGGGUAGAGGAUUUUGAUAAGGAUUUCAAGAGUUCCAACUGUCAGAGGACACAUGUUCAUGACUGCAAAAGAAAAACAAUCGAUGCAAGAAAUAUGUUCACAGUUUACUCUGAGGCGGGAGCGUCCAAUCAUGGCCACCGCACACAAGCAGACACAGAAAGGGUGACAUCAUAUGUGUCUCCUCAUUUUUUGUAUUUCAUUUACAACCGGAUGCCAAAUGUGGAGUUUGUUUGCAGACCAAGUCCUCUUCGACACUUUGGCAGUGUCCCCCCCCCCCACACACAUUACAAGUGGGCCAUUCCAGUAGCCAUUUUGAAAUGCAGUCGCUGCUUUUUUAUGGAUCCUUUUGGUGUUUGUAUGGCGUGAAUGAUUCCCAGUGUUCCCUGCUUGCCUGAGAGCUGAGGCCUGACGACUGACAGAGUCUGAGACGAGGAGGGCAGUGAGCUAUUUGUUGAGGGAGGUCCAUGGGUCUGCUAUGUCAUUUGUAAGGGAUUGGUCCCCGAAUCGCACUCAGCUUGGCAGCUCGCCCCGCCAUUGGCCAAGGCCCACCCUUCGUACAUCCAUUGGGGACACAGAGUGGCAGGAGGGAGGUUCCGAAAGGGUAUGAGGAGAACUGAAUAGAGCCUAACAGUUGUGCUCACUCUCACUGGGUGUGUGAAACAAUGGAGAGGUUGUAGACACUGACUGGGAAGGUGACGUGCACAUGUGUGUGGUUUGUGUGUCUUAUUGAUGGAGUGCUCUCGCUUUGUCAAAUUGAUGCUCUCUACGUUGCUUAGUGGGGAAGACGGCAAAUUUGUUUUGAAUAAAUAUAAGGAAACCACUCCCUGGGAUUACCAGUAAAAAACAAAUUCUAAUAUAUACUGUAUAUUACAUUUUUUUAAAGGGUUAGUAAGUAAAUAAAAUGUUAGGGCAAGUUUGCAUAUUUCCAAGACCGCUGAGCUCCUGUGAGUGCCCGGUUUUGAUCUUGCCCCCCGACACCUGUUUAUUGCAAACUGAAGCACUUAGCUAACUAAGGAGCAGACAUAUUUAUGGGGGUGUCCCACCUGUGCGCACUGUAGCAGAAUUUCUGCUGCGUAGACCAGGAGUCUGUCGAUUUUCCUUAACGUGAAAAUGAGUGUAAUUGCAGUCAGAAGACACAAGCGUGCAUGUGACUUUUAAAAUCCUGUUUGUUGGAUAUAAGAGCUUCUGUGAUGGAAAUGGGUCCAUUUCAAAUAUGGCCACAGUUAUAGUAGGAUUUUGGCUGACGUUUAGUGCCUGUUCAGACACUGAUUGUUUUCAUGAUGAUGUUUACCAAGCCUGUUCUGUCCCGCUCAUCCAUCGAGGAAACCAUCUUAGGCAAACGGGGUACAGAGCAAACAUCUGAAAGGUCAGUCACCAUGUGUACACGCUGUGCAUAUCGCCUUGCGUCUCGUCAGUGUAGGAUGUUUGCUAAGGAUAGUACUUAAGGAAGUGGGCGUGGCUUCAGACUCACCAGUUCCUUUAUUCUCCCCGGCAUCUCCAUGUCAUACGUCUGUUUGGUCGUCUGGUUGUUUCCACAAGCACAGCAGCUCAAUGCAUUAUUUAUUCAGUAUGAGGCACUAAGAGGAACUGCCGCUGUACUUUAGCAUUGACAAAUAUCAGAUUGAGGCAGCUGAGUUGCUGAGUGGGGGGGGGGGGGAAUCAGACGUGCCUGUAUGUGGCCCCCUGGAUUAAAGCCAUGAGCAUCAAUUCUUGAAAACUGACAUAAGAACACAUGUAACACCUGUGCAACCUGAUUGAAAGUUACUGAAGGAAUAUCUCAGGUAAAAGUUUUUUUUAUUAUUAUUGUUUUUUUUUUUUUAUAUAAAACACGACUAUACAACCAAUGUUAACUCAUGCUUCUUUCCUGGCACUGGAGUAUGCGUCAUACUUUUCUAUGCGGUCUUGCUUUAGCGCACUUUGACCUUUCACCUUCACUCCUCUACUACCGGGUUCUACUUUCAUGAGUUGUGAUUGGUUCAGAGAGGGGUGUGGCGGUAUGAUUUCCGUUUAUCCAUUUUUUACAAGCUAUUUGUUAAAUUGCUUAGCAAACUAUUUUAUGUGGAUCAACUUACCUGCAUUACAAAGUCAGUGAUUCAGGUUACGCACUUUUUUUACCAAGGGUACAACAGUAGAGAGAUGCACAGCCCUGCUCUUAAGAAAGUCUGAGCAAAACCCGCUUGCAUCUUCACUGGUCUAAUACAGAACAUGUUAAAGGUUGCUUAAGCUGGAAGCCCCUUAUCGUUUAAAAUACAAUAGCCCUGGAUACCAUUUUUGGAGCUUGUGUUGAUAAGAUGUAGAAUAUCUCACAAUGUAAGACAGAUGUUUAUUUUCCUUUUUAAGUUCUGUUUCCAUGUCCAGAUUUUAAAGCAGAAAUUGACACCAUUUUCGUUAGAUAUACUCUGUGCUCACAAGGACCUUGGUAUCCCAUGUAGCCUAAGAGGCAAGUUGUGUGUGAUCUCAUAUUGCCACACCCUCGUCUGUAUCUGUGAGUGAAAAAAUUUAAGCAAAUCCAAUGAGCAAAGAUGUAUAUAUUUACAAUUGUAUGUAAACACAAUAAAUGGACAGUGGAUUUUAUUUUU